AUGCCACGGAGGGCCCAUACCAAAUCGCGCAAUGGAUGUGAUCAGUGCAAGAGGAGGAGAGUCAAGUGCGACGAAAAGGGCCCACCAUGUUCAAAUUGUGUCACCAGAGAACUUCGCUGCACUUACUUGAACACUCCCGCAGCACGCAGCAUAGCCAGUUCUUCAUCUGCGAGUCCGAAUUCCAUACAUCCCGGACUGGGUCAGACCUCGGAUGAAGCCAGUCACCCCUUCGCUGGCGCAAUCGCCAACGUUCCAUUUCCCUAUUCUCGCAAGCGGGAACUAGAGCUGAUGCAUAAAUUCUCCACGGAUACCUAUCUGAGUCUUUGCAACAAGGAAUCUGACCACUAUGUAUGGCAGAUUGUCAUGCCACGCAAAGCUCUGGAGCAUGACUUUCUCAUGAGUGGAAUCCUAGCAGUAGCCUCCCUGCACACGGCCUCGGCUUUAGAACCACCACAAGCUUUAUCUUAUAUCGAUACAGCCCUCGAAUACCAUAAUCAGGGGCUUGCGCCCUUCCGACACGCAAUUGCCCAUCUAACCCCACUCAACUGUGACGCCGUAUUUGCCCAUUCCGUCAUCACCAUUAUGAUCUGCAUCUCUCUUCCCCGGUUACCAGGAUCCAGAAGCGAAAGCUCUAGCAUGACCGAGAACCUCAUAUUCGUAUUUGAGUUACUAAAAGGCGUGGCCAAGAUUUUCGCGAUCACGCGGUCCUGGCUGGAAAAUAAUCUAUUUGUUUCGAAGAACGGCUUCUUUGAGAAAUCUGGUGCCCUGCUAGAUGCUGGAACCGAGGCUGCUUUGACUCGUCUCGCCGAUCUAAACGAUACACUCCUGUCCAAUGUCGAGCCAGACCAACACAGCAUCAUCAAAGAUGCCAUCUCUCAUCUCCAUCGCAGCUUUGCUCGCUACGCUCAUGAACAAGAUGCAGCUUCCGUCCUGUCUUGGCUUGCGUGCGUCGAUAAGGAGUUUGUUCAUGUUGUUUGUCGUCGCCAGCCGCUUGCUUUACUUAUUCUCAUGCAUUGGGGCGUUUUACUCGCCGAGCUUGAUGGAAAGACAUGGUGGGCUCGAAAGUCCGGCUCCGCCCUCGUCUCUGAGAUAUUGGUUGCUCUACAGGCGGGUGAUGCCCGGUGGGAAGAGGCGGUUUUAUGGCCGAAGCAGAAACUAGGUCUUUAA